AUGUCAUUGAAUGGCCUUGAUGAAGCUGCGGUCGCCGAAGCGCACCAGGCUGCGCUUGCUGACGCUGGAGGAUGGUUCCUCCUCAAGUAUGCCAACCGUGACACAGUAGAGCUGCUGCAGAAGGGAACUGGAGGGAUCCAGGAAGUCAGAGGUGUGGUAGAAAGAUAUGAGGAAAAGUCACCGUUGUACGGCAUGGUGCAGUACCGGCGCAAAAAAGUCAUUCUCAAAUAUGUGCCAGAGGGAACGUCGCGACUGUUGCAAGUGCGCUUGACCGUCCAAUUCCAAUCGGUCCUAGAAGCAUUUACACCUCAUGACAACGUCUUUUCGUUCACUGUCGCUUCAGAGCUGACCGAUUCGGCCCUGGGCCUGAGCACGAUGCUGCUGCCAUCUGCGGGCUCAUUGACAUCGUCUACUUCAUCGUUACGACGUCGAAGACUGGAUGAAAUCACUGAAGAUGCCGAAGAAGGGAGCUCUAUGCCUGAAGAAAAAGUUGUCCGCCCAGCGCAAGUGGAACAGGAACCUGCUAUACCCAAGUAUGGGAGGCACGAAUUAGAUGAGCUGCCAGCAAGUGCAGUCCUCGCGAAAGCACUUCUGGCAAAGAGAAAAGAAAUCACUGCUGCAGUCUCUACAGGUCAAGAUGAAGACUCAGUCCGCCUGGAAAACCCUUUACCUCUGCCUAAGGACACCGUUUCUCACAAAGGAACAACAUCUCCAAAUCCAGCCACUGACAAGGACUUGCCUGCCACACCAGUGUCAACUCCGCCAACUACGAGCGGUGGUGAGGCUGGACGGGCACCAGAUUUCGAAGCCGCAAGCAACAUCCUUUUAGACGCAACGAGUCGAGAACUAGCCGAGCCUACUACACCACGUCCUCCUCAAUCUCAUCAUCUUUCGCCUGCUGAGUCGGAUAGUAUCAGUCAAUGGAGCAGUAAUGUUGCCUCGUACGCUGAUGUUAAGCCUAAGAAGAAAAAGCUAGGACCGAGACCACAUGUCGAGGCUACGCAUCGUCCAAAGACGUCCGGCAAUGCUGACGGCAGUCUCGGCGUACGACCAGUUGCAAACCUACCGCACAGCAUUCGUGUGAACAAUAGGUCUCUACUGACGCUUUCGGGUCGUCCAGGGUCACAGCAAUCCACUCGCAGUGUUCCUGGACGUUUCGCGAACUCGAGCCAUUCGUUCAAUGGACCACCACCACUACCAACCACCUCUCAUAUACAGUCGCUCUACAACCCCAUAGAAAGUCGGCCAGCCGUAUCAAGAGCGGCUUCGGUCACCACCGAAGCAUCUACAGCGACGCCAGAAAAAUUAAGGAUGAUGAAGGCCCUCCAGCUUCGCAAGCGGAACAUGUUGCUCGCACAGCGAUCAACGUUGUCACCUACCACCUCGCAUGCACCUACUCCUUCGGAUUCAAGCCUUAGUACUAUCUCGUCGAGCAAUAACUUGUCCACAGUGGCUAGUCAGGAGCAGCUUUCUAGUGUCGAUGAGGAGUCAAAAUUGACACAGUCCUCCACCACGACAUCUCCUACCUUCAUGACGAACACUUCAGAGGAGCCAUCUACCAAGGCGUCAUCCUUCUCAGAGCAAGAUAAUAUCUCGAACAAGCGCAGAUCACUGUCUUCAGCUACCAGUUCAUCGAUUACGCCGAAAGCUCCAGCUCCAGAGCCUGCUACACAAUCUCCUGAGAUAGUGAUCGCUACUAACCCUUCCAGUACACACGGGCUGGGUAUUCCUCUAUCGAACAGCCAGCAAUCUGAUAUCAGCAAAGACAACUCGACUUCUGAUCACACACCAGCAUCCGCUAUGGACAGUUUUCCGACAACAGUGCCUACUCUGGAACUACCUUCACAAGCAAAGCGUCACGCACCUCGGCCAUUUCAGCUGGCUGGUGGUGAUACAUCUGCUUCUGAAGAUUUAUCUGAGGACGAACUUCUUAUGGAUGACAUCCACAAUGCAACCGUGCACGAAGCGAAACCAGUAUCUGUUGCUCGUUCUCCGGUUACUCCUAUCAUAUCAACGAAAGGAAGUUCGGAUAGGUUGCGCGAAAUUGUGACCAAACCUUCGUUGCCCAGCCAUCCUCCCAAAACCAGCCGUGGUAGUACUCCAGACGGGAAACGUACUGACAGUAGGUCCGGCAGUGUUCGAAGCGUGUCUACAGCACUUCCACAAUGGCCCCCUGUGCAAGCUGAGCCAAUGCCCGCUCCCUUGAACAAGAAACCAACUCUUGGAACGGGGAUUUCCAAGCGCAUCAAGGCUCUGGAGGUACUUACAGCAAAAGACACGAUUGCGUCGCAACCCCCUACACCUGCCCGGGAGACUACUAUUGGGAAGUCAGCUUUCUCCUCAUUCAUGAAACGUUCGUCGCUCAUUGGAAGCCCGAUGAAACCGAACGCCUCGACCGAGACAUCACCCCCAAGGCAAACACCGCCGAUAACAUCGCUGUACGAUCCUGUCAAGCGUGUGAAUGACGCGAAGGAGCCUCGACGACCGUCUGUCGAUAGCUAUACGCCCUUUCACAAAGCAGAUACCAUAUCUGUCACUGCAAAAAUUGUCCGAGAUCCCAACAGCAAGCACCCUCCUAUGUCACCCAGUUCGAAUUUCAAUAGCCCUCUUAAUCUUUUUCGAAGUCCCUUAAUCGUGGAGCAUGAGAAGCAUGACAAUCUUCACAGAAAAGACUCAUUUACUUCCAGGCAGUCCAACACUAAAAGCCCAACCAAAUCGGAUAGAGGCCGUUUUUCAUUCUCCUCGCACCGUUCUGCUUCACAAAUCAAUCUACCUCGCUCAGAAUCAAAUCACAGCAAGAUUUCACUCACCAGCACACACAAAAAGCAUGGACCGCGGUCCAACAGUGAUACGGCCUCCUUCACGGAAGAAAAGAAAUCUUCGAGGACGAGUCGGUUGAUGAAGCGAGUGUCAAACCUGACAGCAUCCCGGAGCAAAGGACAAUCGACCUCGAAGGAGCAGUUACAUCCAAAUACAAUCCAGGAACAGAACGAUGAAGACACCAAGGAACAUUCUGUCUCCGAAUCACUGAUGCACAUUGUCGAUAUUGGUGAUGUGAACGUCCAAUUCCCCGAAUCUCUCCUUUGGAAGCGCCGUUUCAUGAGGAUUGAUGAUCAAGGAUAUCUCAUAUUUUCACCACCCAUGAAUGAUUCAAAUACAAAAUCUGUCGGCAGGAAAUAUCAUCUCAGCGACUUUAACCGACCAGCGUUACCGGAUUUGGAGAGGGAAGAGAUUGCUUGGAGCAUAGUUCUUGAUUUGAAGGACGGAUCAUGUGUACAGUGUGCAUGCGAGGGCAGGCAGUCUCAACAAGCAGUGCUGCAAAUGCUUGUUGAUGCACACAACGCUUACCACCAAUUAUAUCAUGGAGGUUGAGAUGUGCCAUGGAUGCCAGAAGCAACGACAAACAUUACGACUCUUCAACGUUUGCAAUACCCAACUCGCGUGAAUUUAGAUGAUUGACGAGCAUCAAGCAAAGGCGCUGGAAUGGUUGGCAAACGGCGAUCUAAGCCCUUCGGUAUUGGCGAACACGAGAUUUUGGUCCCAAUUGUGAACAGCGCAUGGGCAGGACAGGACUUUUUAUCUAUAGUCAUGGUCACAACAGCUUAAUGUGUAUCAAUCAAUGCUAACAACAUUCAAUACUG